GAGAGAGGGAGGGAGAGAGAGAGAGAGAGAUCGGGGUCCGUAAAGCCUAGACAAAGAUGCUGAUACACACAGACACACACUGGGAUGUGGGCUCAGAGCCGCUCUCUGUUAUGAAGGGGAAGACUCCCAACUAAGUGUGCGGAAGAUGUUUAUUCUAAGCUUGGACGGUCGCGUCCCUUCCUUCGGGGUAUCGAUUGAACCCCGUCUUUGCAGUGCCAACUUAAUUUAUUUGAUCUCAUUAGGGAGCGUUUCCCUCAGCAUUUUUUCAUUUUGAGGCGGUUCUGUAUGCUUUCUGCUUUCGUGUUGAUGAACUCGCUCGACUUCCUGAGACGACCCCUCUAAUGGACAAUGAAAACCACUCGCAAAUGCAGAGCGCUGCUGUCGGUGAGUUUGAACCUGGUGGCUCUGCUCUUCUCCACAACAGCGUUUAUCACGACUUACUGGUGUGAGGGCACCCAGAGGGUACCCAAGCCCAACUGCAGCAAGGAGCGGCGACACAACUGCAUCGAUUACGGGGGAAACCAGACGGACCAGAGCAAAGUUCAUUACAGCUGGGAGACCGGAGAUGACCGUUUCCUCUUCAGGCAUUUCCACACGGGGAUCUGGUACUCGUGCGAGGAAAACAUGAAUGGGGGAGGUGAGAAAUGCAGGAGCUUCAUCGAUCUGGCCCCAGCGUCGGAGAGGGGUGUCCUCUGGCUGUCCGUGGUGUCCGAGGUGCUCUACAUCAUGCUCCUCAUUGUCGGAUUCAGCCUCAUGUGCUUGGAGCUCUUCCACUCGAGCAGCGUGAUCGAUGGACUCAAGCUGAACGCCUUUGCUGCCGUCUUCACCGUGCUCUCCGGACUGCUGGGAAUGGUGGCCCACAUGAUGUACACACAGGUCUUCCAGAUCACCGUCAGCCUGGGUCCGGAGGACUGGAGGCCACACACCUGGGACUACGGCUGGUCUUUCUGCCUGGCUUGGGGAUCCUUCACCUGCUGCAUGGCAGCCUCCGUCACGACGCUCAACUCCUACACGAAGACGGUCAUCGAGUUCCGGCACAAGCGCAAGCUGUUCGAGCAGAGCCUUCACGAGGACCGGACUUUCCUGGAACAGGAGGCCUUCCAUUACUUCCGGGACCGCCCAGUGCAGUCCGUGUCUGGAUCUGUGGAAGUGUUCCCGGCCCAGGGGUCCAGCCGGGCCAAGGCGGGACCCAGGCCCGGCACCGCCACGGCCGACCUAGGGGACGGUCCGGACUCUCUGGGGGAGGAGCAGUGCUGAGGGUUCUGGUCCACAUCCCCACCCGACCCGGACCGUCAGAGGCUGUGUGGGGGCAGGGGGGUUACUGGGAUUCAUUAUCCCCCGUGUAGCUUUUCAGAGUGGGACUCGUCUGGCCCUGAUGACGGAUUCCUUUUCCUUGUUGUUCGUCUGAUUGAGUAAGAGCAUCUUAAGAGAGACCAUCAUCGUUCACAGCCUCUCUCCCGGCUCUGUGGCUGAGACCUUCUGUACGGCCUUGUCACGUUAUAUAGGUGAGUUCCCUCUGGUCCUGGGAACAGAUAUGACAACAGGAUGCGUGAUCACUUUAUAUUUCUGAAAAACUAUCACUGCCACACAGCCGUAUGAAGAUAUUUCUGUAUGUCUCUGAGCUCCUGCAAAUCGCAGCUAAAAUCUGCCAGAACCUUAAAUACAGACCCACUGUUAUAUUCAUAUAUGAUUAAAGGACUCAAAGUGGAAAUAAUAAACUCUGAUUAAAAAGGAAAUAUUAAACUCUGAUUAACGGGAGAAUAUUAAACUCUGCGUGCAACUUUUGGAGAAUUCGGUUAAAUAACUGACGGCAUCCUGGGGCUGUUCUGUAACGCAAUCAGCCGGGCCUUCUCCAUACCAAGGAGAACCAUUUUUUAAACAAAAUUCAAUAAGGCACGUUUGUUUGAAGAAACACUUGUGUUCAAAACAAACAACUCCAGUAGGCUUAUGCUCAUGUUCUGUACAUUAAACCAAACAUUUUUCCGGUUUGAUCAGGCCACAGAAAAACAGUGUUCACCGGAGAAUAAUGGCAAAAUUUAUGUUUUCAUAUAACAAGGUGUCACAUUUUGCUGUGUUGUUUUUCGAUAGCUAGACAUUAUUGCUUGGUGUUGUCAGUUUAAUACUUAGCUAAUGAGAUUCAGUUGUUCAGAGUUUUUUUUGUUUGUUUGUUUGCCGUUGUUGCACAUAAAAUAUUCCGAUGUAAAUAAUCCUGGGGUAUUCUUUUGAGUUUGAAUGUAUGAGUUUAUACAUUUAUCAUCGUCUCCCAACUGUAAUUUAACAGCUCCUGUUAGCCUCUAAAUGCUGAGAGGUUACGGAAGCACAAAGGCACUCAGUCAUCUCCCUCUGUGAGAGCACAAUUUUUCGGACAUUCAUCACCCGCAAGAAAGUGGCCGUAACAGUGUUCAAAGACGUCACUCUCACUCCAUGGUCAUGUGACCUGGUUCUAUUCCACCGAUUCCGGCUGACGUUUAAAUGGGGGGGGGGGGAGUCUUGUUUGUUUCCGCAGCUCUAAUUUGCACACUCCCAAACACUUUUAAACUACAUUCUGCAGAAGACUUGAUCACAGCCGCUAGUGGAAGCUGCCGGAACGUCUCCCAGACGGUGGGGCGGCUCUGCGCAGAUGUCAUCCCCUCCUUACAAUUAAGCUAAUGUGUCACAACUCUGUCUGCCAUUUCCUUCUGUCCUGCUCAGGCCCAGAGCUUCAGUAACCUGCGUUAUUUUAUAUCAUUACUGCAGCCCAGAAAAAAAGAAAUGCAUACAUAUAUAUACACAUUGAAAUGAUACUCUGUAUUAUAUAUCUAUGAAUUCAGAGAAUUGCAUCCAUGCCGCAGUUCUGCACGCCUGUUUUUCCUGCAGCCUCACUCUGUGCCUAUUUAUAAGGAUCUUACUAUCAGUCCUCGGUUGUCUGUUUGUUUGCGGGCCUUAGCACCAGCGGGCCGUCGAUCGCUGUUUUGCUUUGCGCUAAUCGCGUUAGCGGAUCACGUUGGCGGCCUGCGACCGAGCGCCGCGUGUCCCGCACCCUGAACGCGCCGUAGCAGCCCAGGUGAUGGAGCGGCGCUCCGUCUCCAUCUCCCCAGCAAAUAUCUGAGUGUGCCGGACCUCCAUCCUUGGUCCAGCUGCAAUAUGUAUGUCUAAAGGCUGCCUUUGUGUUACUCAAACUGCCACAACAUCUCCCACAAGCACAGCACUGGUUUCCCCAAUAGAUUCCUUGUUAACUAUAUUGUAAAUUAAAAAAUAGAAAAUAAAGACUGUGAUUAAAUUAAAA